UGAAAUAUUUUGCUUGUUAAAGUAACUCUAUGUAAAACGAAGGCGCAACUUUUUCUGCAAAUACAGUUGUCUCUAUACUUCUCUUUGUAUAUUGGAUUUUUGAUUUCUUGUUUAAAAAAUGGAURACUUCAACAGUUAUAUUCAUUUGGCGAAAGUGCACGUUCCUUAACUUUGGAAAGGGAAAGACGGUACACGCAAGCUAUAACAGAUAAAAGACCAAAACUAACAAAAAUUAGUUUACAGUGUCUCUGAUCUUAAUGAAUAUCAGUGAUACUGACGACCACACCUUGUGAAUGUAAGAUGACAGCUUUGGUUAGAGCAAUAGAAGAGAGACGAUUUCAUCAAGCGAAGUUGUUAGUGAAGAAUGGUUAUAAUGUCAAUAGCAGAGACAAAGAGCAUGGAAGAACUGCUCUCAUUGCUGCAAGCCAGCUACAACAAGAAAACCAAGCGUGUCGUGUCGUGAAGUGGUUGCUAAGAGAAGGAGCAAGACCUAGGGCCACUGACAGUCAAGGAUUGACUCCCCUUAUGCACGCAUGCAGAAACAAAAGUGCGCGGAUUGUGAACUUGUUGCUUAAAGAAAGAGAACUUGACCUGUGUGCUAAAGAUAACAGCGGCGAUUCAGUCCUCAUUUACGCUGUACGAACAGGAGACGCGGCCAUUUUGGACGCCAUUUUGAAAGAGUUUGUGAAAAGAAGAAUAAGCUGUCWUGAUCAAGCGAAUAACAUUGGAGAAACACCAUUGAUAGUUGCUGCUAAGCUGGGAUAUUAUCAAGACUUCAUGGAAAAACUUAUUAAGAAAGGCAACUGCUCACCUCAAGCAAGGGACUUUGAACUGUUGUUGACGGCUGAGGAAUGGAGUUGGCAAGACGCUCAAAAUUCACAYCCGGAAAAYUCUUYUACUAYGGAUAAGAACAGCUCUCAAAGUCAAAAAAGUAUGAAUACAAAAACAAAAUUGCAUAAGAGUACUAAAGAUAUCAACAAUKUCAUUUCAACAUCUGGCAUAAACAAAAAUAAAAUAGUUCGCYCAAAGGUAUAUUGCGUCAAUAAGGGGAUKAARUCUCAAAAUAUGAUUACAGARAACAAAGCGUUGACCAUGAAAGAGAGGGAAAGAAACGCAAAGCAACGCACGUUUUACGCCCACAAUGGAARC